AUGGAGACGAAGCACAUCGUGCGUGGAUAUUACAAAUGUCAUUUUCAUGUCGAUAUCCUCAGAGCUGCUCGAGAAGAUGCAGGACCGUCUUACUCGCUUAAGUGUAUUGGAGGUGGAAGGAUCCGGCACGAAGACGACGCAAAGGAAAUCCUCGUUUAUGGAUAUUCUCAUGGUUUUGGACAAGCAGAUCAUUCGAUAACAGUCGAUAUCCUCAAAAAGCGAUACCCUGAUUACCACAUAACCUUCUCGAAUGAGGGUUAUUGA